AUCAUGUGGCGGGGCGAGCAAACGGACACCGAUGGGCACCUUAGCCGCGGCGAUUCCCGCGACGACGACGGCGUCCAGGCACGCCGGCGGAAGACGACACCGCCGCCGCGGCUCCGUCGCCGUGCGCUGCUCGUCCGCGGCCGACGAGCGGCAGGCCCUCUUCAGCCGCAUCGCCCCCGUCUACGACCAUCUCAACGACGUGCUCAGCCUGGGGCAGCACCGGACGUGGAAGCGCAUCUGCGUCUCUUGGUCAAUGGCGAAGAGAGGGGAUCGGGUUCUUGAUCUCUGCUGCGGGAGCGGCGAUUUGGCGUUCCUUCUGUCUCAGAAGGUCGGCCUAGACGGAGAGGUGAUGGGUGUGGAUUUCUCAGGGCAGCAGCUGCAAACUGCUGCUAGCCGUCAGGACCAACGCUGGAAGGCUUGCUACAAGAACAUCAAAUGGAUCGAGGGCGAUGCACUUGAUUUACCUUUCACGGACCGUUACUUUGAUGCUGUUACGGUUGGCUAUGGAUUGCGCAAUGUGGUUGACAGACCCAAAGCAAUGCGAGAGAUCCUUAGAGUCCUAAAACCAGGAUCACGAGCAUCUGUUCUGGAUUUUAACAAGAGCUCAUCAUUUUUCACGGCAUCCUUACAGAGUUGGGCGAUUGAUAAUGUCGUGGUUCCUCUGGCUAGUAGCUAUGGACUUACUGAAGAGUACAAGUACUUGAAAAGUUCGAUAUCACAGUAUCUUACAGGAGAGGAGUUGGAGAAGUUAGCCAAGGAAGCAGGGUUUUCCUCAGCCAAGCACUAUGAACUUGGUGGAGGGCUCAUGGGAAACCUAGUAGCAACGCGCUGACUAGAAAUGUAGCGAUGAACGGUGAUCUGUAUGAAUUAUCUGAAUUUUAAUUUAAAUAAUUAAUUUUCCUCUGCAUUACCGAAUAUGCAGUUUGGCUGA